CACGUGGGUCGGGCAGUUGGGGUCAGGCAGAAAGUAACCAGUUGCCUCCCAGCAGCGACCGGAGUCAAAUAACCGGUGGCAAAUCGAAUCGCCCGAGAAAACGACAACUUCAACCUCGCAAUGGAUUUCAUAUCUUGGUCGUCCACUCUUCUCAAGUUGAAUGGCUACGAAGGACCUCCAAAUCAGCAGCAACUGCAGCAGCAAGCGCGGCUUUUAUCAUCUUGCUGGCCAUGGAUAUCCGAACAAUCUAGCGCUACACGUCCAGUGCCAUUAAUUUUGGAUCUCGCCGUCUUGGAAGCUGCCACUGUGAAUCAUUAUUGGCAUCCGACAUCAACGAGUUCCCUGGCCGUGGCUAAUUUCAUCUCGUCAAUGGAUAAAAAUGGAAUUAUCGAUAAACAACAUCAACUUUCGUUUGGCAUCGAUCGUAUUCUCGGGGAUCAAGUUGGUGCUAAUCGUUCAACCGUUUUCCCCCAGGUGCCGACUCACGUUUGGUCUCGUGACAGCGAAAGACAGAGAUUAUCUGUCGGACAAAGACAGGAAGUCACUGUUGAAAAGCAAGUGAGAGAAAGUCGACAAGAACAACACCAGCAACAAGCGGCGAUUGACCAGCAGCAGCAAACGAGCGGCAAUAACAGUCGGCGAAAGCGCUCUUGGUCGCGUGCCGUCUUCUCCAAUUUACAGCGGAAGGGACUCGAAAAGCGUUUUCAACUUCAGAAAUACAUCACUAAACCAGAUCGCCGACAGCUGGCAGCUGCCCUCCAGCUCACCGAUGCACAAGUCAAAGUUUGGUUCCAGAAUCGACGAAUGAAAUGGCGUCACAAUAAAGAGCCACACAACACAAAUGAAAUGUCGUGCAACAGCCCGGUAGAACAGUAUUCAGAUGUUGCGGAAAAUCUCAAUUGUGUGGAUGAGAGCAGCACCGCUUCUACACAUACCCUUCUUCUUCCCAAAGCAAUUUCGCAUCCGGCGCGAUUUUCAACCUUUAAAAAGGCUUGAUAUAGUUCAUUGUAAAAAUUAACAAAAAUCUUUUACCCGUUUGUGUUUUUGAGAUUUGAUUCUUUUCUGCCUUACCACCGUGUUCUUGUCCAGUUUACGAGUGUGCUCUAUUGCAACCAAUCUAUGAAGCAAUACAUAUUUUGUAAUCGUCACA